AUGAUGGUUUGCGGUGAGACCGGAACCGGCAAGUCUACCUUCGUCAAGAUGCUGUGUGGUGAGAACUGUUUUGGCGAAGAUCCUUUGCCUGAGUUUAAGCCUGGUAUGGACCCACAAGUAUCCAUCAGGACAUUCAAUGCUUUGGUAAUGGAGGAGGAAACGCCCAUCAAUCUGGAUGUAGUAAUGGUACCGGGAUUUGGAGAUAAAGUGGACAACAGACGUUGUUCAGGAAUUGUGUUGGAUUACCUGAACAAUCAGCUGAAUUCCGUUUUGAACGAAGAAUGCCGUAUUCAGCGCAAUUCAAUGGUCAAAGACGGCAGAGUUCACGUCCUCCUUUACUUCAUCAGACCAACAGGAAAGGGGCUUCGUCAGCUGGACAUCAACUUCAUGAAGUUAGUGGGACCAAGAUGUAAUCUGAUCCCUGUUUUAUCCAAGGCAGACGUCAUGAGCUCAGCUGAGCUCAUCACCAACAAGAAGAAGGUGAUGGCAGACAUCACUGCCAACAACAUUGAGAUCUACGACUUUGGUCCUUGGAUUGAGGACGCUAAUGAGGGAGAACUUCCUGAGUUCUUGAAGGUUCUUCCUUUUGCCGUCAUGAGCUCAACGGAAAAACGGGAAGUCGAUGGCAAAGAGCAAUACGUUAGGGAAUAUCCUUGGGGUACUGCCAUUCCCGAGGAUGUAACCCAUAGCGACUAUCUGAUGCUGAAGAUUUUACUUUUGGGCACAUGUCUUCAAGAUCUCAAAGAUACAACAGUAAAUGUGAUAUACGAGAGAUUCCGCACGGAGAGAUUGUCCAGCAAAGUUAACAUCCGCUCUGCUUCCAGUGCCAAGGUCAUGAACGCUUUGAUAGACAGGGUUACUUAG